CCCCACAAAACAAAACCCACCCCCACUCCACUCCUGGUCCGGGGCCACUCACUCCCACAGUGUCAGAGCUCAGAGCUCAUAGCUCGCCCGGCUCCCACCGCCUGCCGCCCCUGUCCUUCCUUCCCCUGGCAGGGAAUCUUCAGUGCUUGCCGGCCGGCCGGCAGAGAGGAGGGAGCGGCAUGGUGCAAUCAAAGAAGUUCCGGGGAGUCAGGCAGCGCCACUGGGGCUCCUGGGUCUCCGAGAUCAGGCACCCGCUGCUGAAGAGGAGGGUGUGGCUGGGAACCUUCGAGACGGCGGAGGAGGCGGCGCGGGCGUACGACGAGGCCGCCGUACUCAUGAGCGGCCGCAACGCCAAGACCAACUUCCCCGUCCCGAGGACCGCCACCGGGGAGCUCGCGCCCGUGCCGCCCGCCCGGGACGCCCGUCACGGCGGCGGCGGCUCGUCCUCCUCCACCGCCUCCGGCGGUGGCAACAGCCUGUCGCAGAUCCUCAGCGCCAAGCUCCGCAAGUGCUGCAAGACGCCGUCCCCGUCGCUCACCUGCCUCCGCCUCGACCCGGAGAAGUCCCACAUUGGCGUCUGGCAGAAGCGCGCCGGCGCCCGCGCCGACUCCAGCUGGGUCAUGACCGUCCAGCUCAACAAGGACGCCGCGUCCUCCGGCGAUGAGCCCCCGCCCAGCGACGGCGCGACGACCACGCCCACCUCCACGUCCACAUCAACGGUGACGACUGCUGGCUCGCCGCCGGCGUCGUCGGUGAUGAUGGACGACGACGAGGAGAGGAUCGCACUGCAGAUGAUCGAGGAGCUGCUGGGCAGGAGCAGCCCGGUCUCGCACCCACAUGGCAUGCUGCAGGCCGGGGAAGGCAGUCUCGUCAUCUGAAGGCGAGAGGAAAUCGCUUGCAUGGCUGAGAACAAGCAAGCUAGCAUGAUCAAGUCACUGUCCCAGAUCAGAUCAAGUCUUUGGUAGAGAGUUGGUUGGUGCAGCACAAGCAGUGAAGAUUGCAUCAUGUCAUAGGUACCUCUAUUACUACAUCGAUCCAGCUUAAUCAUAGGAAAACCAAAACCAAAAAUAUAUAUAGUAAGAUAUAAGAUUAGUCACAACCGUGCCAAGCUCUGUAUUUAUUAAAGGCUUACUUACUUGUAUGUAUACCCUUGCAGUCCCCGUCAUGAUAGUCAGUCGCACUGUCACCGGUGAAACCCCUUUCCUAUGUAUCAAUAAUAUCAGGCUAUAUAUCAAUAUCAGCGGUGUCGCCUUCUAAUAAAAGGAAAUAAUAAUUACCUACCU